UGGGGAGCGGAGCGGGCCCUCGGGGGCCUCGCUAGGGCCACAGCGGCCGGCAGUUGGGCCCCCCGCCCCGGCCGGCGGUCCGAGGAGUGCAGGAAGGGGGCCGGGGGGACCCGCCCCCGGCCUGUUGAAGUCAUGAACUCCAAUGUAGAGAAUCUCCCUCCCCACAUCAUCCGCCUAGUGUACAAGGAGGUGACAACACUGACAGCAGAUCCACCCGAUGGCAUUAAAGUCUUCCCCAAUGAGGAGGAUCUCACCGACCUGCAGGUUACAAUCGAGGGCCCUGAAGGGACCCCCUAUGCUGGAGGUCUGUUCCGUAUGAAGCUCCUACUAGGGAAGGACUUCCCUGCCUCCCCACCCAAGGGCUACUUCCUGACUAAAAUCUUCCACCCAAAUGUGGGCCCCAAUGGUGAGAUCUGUGUCAACGUGCUCAAGAGGGACUGGACUGCUGAGUUGGGCAUACGACAUGUGCUGCUGACCAUCAAGUGCCUGCUGAUCCAUCCUAACCCAGAGUCUGCACUCAAUGAGGAGGCAGGCCGCCUGCUUUUGGAGAACUACGAGGAGUAUGCUGCCCGGGCCCGUCUGCUCACAGAGAUCCAUGGGGGUGCAUGUAGCACCAGCAGUGGGAGGGCUGAGGCUUCCCGGGACCUGGCCAGUGGGGCUUCAGCCUCCUCCACUGACCCUAUGACCCCAGGGGUCCUAGGAGGAGCUGAGGGUCCCAUGGCCAAGAAACAUGCAGGUGAGCGAGAUAAGAAGCUGGCAGCCAAGAAAAAGUUGGACAAGAAGCGAGCGCUGAGGCGACUGUAGUGGGGCUCUUCUCUCUCCUUCCCUCUCUUCUAUCCCCUCCCACUCUGUCUCUAAGUUAUUUAAAUUAUGGCUGGGGUGGGGGAGGGAGAUGGGGGGGCACCAGAACCUGGAUUUGGUUUUCUAAAUAAAAAGUUGGAAAAGCAA